CCCGUGCGCGUGCUUCACCGCCGCCCCGCAGCCCAAAGGAGCCGCCUUUCCUCUUCCUUCUUGGGAGGGCCGGGCCGGUCAAGUGUUCGACGCGCGCAUGGACCAUGGCGGCGGAAGCGGUGGGGGUGGAAGCGGGGGCGGCGGUGGCGCGCCGUCGAGCAGCAACAGCGGCGGGGGGAGUGGCGGCGGCACGAGCGGAAGCCGUGGCGGCGCUCCUGACCACCACCAGCACCACCCGUUCUACUACGCCGGCCCGGCGGAGCCCAACAGCGUGCAGCAGCCGCAGCAGCAGUUCAUCGGCACGCUCGCCAUCACCCCCGUCGUCGCCGACCAGGCCGCGCCGUCCUCCGCCGACAAGAAGGCGGUCGCGCCGGUGACCCCGUCGUCGGCGGGCACGCUGGCCAAGCGGCCGUCCAAGGACCGGCACACCAAGGUGGACGGCCGCGGGCGGAGGAUACGGAUGCCGGCGCUGUGCGCGGCGCGCGUGUUCCAGCUCACGCGGGAGCUCGGCCACAAGUCGGACGGCGAGACCAUCGAGUGGCUGCUGCAGCAGGCGGAGCCGGCCAUCCUCGCCGCCACCGGCACCGGCACCAUCCCGGCCAACUUCUCCUCCCUCAACAUCACCCGCGCCGCCUCCGCCGCCAGCCGCAACGCGCCCUUCCCCGCCCUGGCCCUGCACCCGCACCACCACCCGCAGCACGACAUGUCCACCAUGCUCGGCUACCACCACCACCUCCUCCCGCCGGCGCAGGAGCCGCCCCAGGACCCCAGCAACGCCGGCGCCUUCAUGAGGAAGCGGUACCGGGAGGACCUCUUCAAGGAGGACGACGAGCGGCAAGAUCCCAAGGCCGCGCGCGAGCAGCAGCAGCAGCCGCCGCCGGCGGCCACCGCAAUGUGGGCCAUGGCGCCCAACAGCGCGGCGCCUGGAGGCGCGUUCUGGAUGCUGCCCGUGUCGGCCAGCCCCGCCGCAGUGGCUCGGCCGACCGAGCAGCCCAUGUGGUCCUUCGGCGGCGGCGGCGGGGGGAGCAGCACCGUGCAGGCGCCGCUGCAGUUCAUGUCCAGGGUUCACUACCCCGGCAGCGCCGGCGUGAUGGGAGGCAGCGGCGGCGGCGGCAUGCCCAACACCAGCAUCGGCAUGCUCGCGGGGCUCAAUGCUUACCCCCGCAGCGACGGGGGCGGAGAGCAGCAGCAGCAGCAGGAGGAGAGCCAGCAGCAGGAGAUGGAGCAGCAGCGCGACGGCAGCGGCGGCGGUGGCGACAACGAGGGCGAAGAGGACGGCGACCACAGCGGCGAAGGAGCAGAGGAAGACCGUCCCGACAACGGCUCACCACAGGAGGAGGGCUAGAAUCGAGCCCUGGUGUCUUUUCUUGGGAGACCAUCAUUGGAUUUCUGAGCUAGGAGGAUUUGAGAAUUGGAUGAUGGAGUGCAAGAAAGCUACUGAAGCAAUCCAAUGCAAGAGCAACACUUCUUGCUUGUCCAUUUGGCCUUUUUUUUUGUUGUAUUUUUUUGUCUGUUUAUUCUGUUGGAUUGAUCCGUGAUGAAUCAUUGUCAUGUUGACAUGGGUGUGAUGGUUACCGCUCCAGCGGGUCCCAGUUCAGGAGGAAGAAAGGGAGUCUGAUUUGUACAGUUUGAUCAUCUUGAUUUAUUAUGCUGCAGGUUUAAUUCUGUUUUA